AUGAUCUUGGCCUUGAGCAUUGCGGUCCCAGUUGAGAUCUUCAUGAUAGUUGCCUUUAGCAUUGAUAGAGCUAAAAUUUCAAAGUGGUCAGCAUCCGCAACUGCUCUGGGUAUUGCUAUACUCAUCUGUGAGUAAUAAAAUGGCUACAUUUUUUUUUUUCAAAAAGGAUGAGGGUGCUCUAAAUAUUUCAUAAACUAAAAAAUAAAUCAAUAGAAAAUAAAACACAUAUUUUUAUAUGUCUUAACUAAUAUUUAUGAAAAUUAAAUAGCUUUGCAUUUAUUAAAAAUCGUUUAGCUAAGUCUUGAGAGGAAGAGGGGCAUAAAUCGCUUAAAUUCCCUACUCAUUGGAUCAAUUAUAGGCAUAGCCAUGCUGAGUAUUGACUUCUGUCAUAAAUGGAGCGGGUACUGGGCAGUUAUUUCCUUUGGGGAAUUGUAA